UGCGACUUGGAGGUGAGCGAGCACUUGGUGUCGUUGCACCGUCGAGGACGACCAAGAUGGAGCGCGACGAGUGAGUGACAUCGCCGUUUCUCCCAACUCUCCGCCAAGCCCCAGGUUUCCGCAACGCCGCCUGUCAAGAACGCUGCCAUGCAGCUCGACCAGAUCCUCAGCGCCGCUGUGGCCGCCGUCAACGUGGAGGAGGUGGAGCAGCUCCCUUCGCCGGACAUCCCGCAGAACUCCCCAACGCCCCCCGCCUCGGCGCGUGACCACAGGGUGCUGCAUUACCUGCCCGGGCAUGGGCUCGCCUCCACCCCCUUCGAAGGAACGCCGUUGGAGGCCCAGACCGAGGUCGAAGGGCUCUGCCACUACCCGCCGGAGGUUCCACCGCAGGAGCUGACGGACGUGGGCCACACGGACUCGACUCCGGCGUGCGCGAGCGCGGCCGAGGUGCAGCACUUGAUCGACCUGGACACGAAGGAAGCCAUGCAGGUGUACCACGAGGCGCUGCAGGACGCGCAGCCUCCGCCCGACGGGGACCUCGGCGACAUGAACUUCUUCGCGCUGGACGACAACCUGGUGAUCACGUCCCAGCAGGCGCUCGAGAUGUUCGAGUCGCCCCCCGCCAUGGACUACGGUGCCACCUACCACGUCCUGACCGCGUCGGAGAACCCGCCGCAGGUCAACACGCCGCCCAUGGAGGUGGGCGGGGCCGUGUGCCCCGAGGGGCCGACGCCCAGCGAGAUUUUGGCGCAGGAGGAGAUCCCCAUCCAAGAGGAAGUCCUGCUGCAGGGCGUGGGGCCGGCCCCGACAGACGUGCCCGUGCCGUCGGCAGAGAUCGAGGUCCUGACGACCCCUGACGUGCCCCAGUAUACUGCGCUGGCACCCGCCAGUGCCACCGCCGACGGCGCCAUAGACCUCAUUGACCCCGACGCUCUCCAGUGUCUGCCGGGGACGGCCCUGGACGCCACCGUGGACGCGGAGGGGCGCUUCGUGGUGCAGGUGACGGCGCCAGGCAUCAACAUGACGGUGCCCAACAGGUACGUGGGCAGCGAGGACAUCGUGGUGCAGCUGCCGUGCGUGGCCGCGUCGCCCCCCGGCGCGGAGGCGAGGCCCCACGACCCACCCUCCAGCACGGGCCCGUACACGACGCAGGGGGAGUGCCCCUCGGUGUACUCGGGGCCCGCGCUCGGCCGUCGCGAGCCCCCGAGUCAAGCGGCGAGCGGCGCGAAGGGCGGCGGCCAGCGCGAGAGGGCGAGCAAGGGCGGCGGCGCGUCCCGGCCGGCGGCGCAGGAACCCGUCAGGGAUCGCUCGGACGUCCUGACAGCGCUUAGGGAGUCUAUCUUCCGCUCAAGAGCCAAGAAGCGAGGCAGAGGCACCGAGGGCGGCGCCGACAAAGCCCCGAAACGCCGGCCCUUAACGCCGAGGGCUGAGGACGUCUGUGGCACCAAAGACUCCGGCGAGCGGCACGAGGGCGGCCGCUACGGCGUCGACGGCCCUUCGCACUACACCUACGAGACGACCAAGAGGACGCCCCACACGCCCGCCCCCGUCAGCAGCGCCGCGGCUCCUUACGGCUACGACGCGCCCGCCGAGAGUGCGCCUCGGAGGAGCCAGCCUCGCCAGCCCGCGGGCCACGGCGCCGCCGCGCACCACCGCCACUGCCAGAACAACGGCAGCAGCACCACCACCAACAGCGACAACAACAACAACGGCGGGAUGAUGGUGCUGCGUCCCGAGGAGCUGCUGUCGGCGCUGCAGCGCGGAGGGCAGGGCCCGGCCUCGCCGCUGGUGGUGAUGCGGCCCGAGGACCUGCACGCAGGCUCGCCGGACGCGGGGGACCCCCUGCAGGUGCAGCUCGUGUACCUCGUGUACCCGAUGGAAGGCGCAGGAUCUGCAACGCGACCAGUCCCUACCGAAAUGGCUCCACACAAGGCCUUCCCCAGAGAUGGACAAGAGCCUCCAUCAGCUACUAACAAGCAAGUUCCCUGGUUACCCAGAGAACGACACCAUGAGAACCAUUCCACCACCUUAACCCCCCUCAGAAGUUCAUUUGAAAAGAACAAUCAGCAAGAAAAACCCAUUGCCGAAUGGACGUAUGAGGAUGUAGUCUUCUUCAUCUUCAAAGCCCAGGAAGACCUAAACCUGGACAGCAAGAACCUCGAUGUCAACUUCUCCGAGUUGAGUGGUUCAACAGGGGAAGAUCUCUUGAACAUGGAUAUUGAGGGAUUUAAGAGAUUCUCAAAGGGUUAUGGAGAGCAAUACUACAGAUACUUCAUUGAAAUGAGAGAUGAGGAGAGAAGAUUAGAGUUGCAGAGACAUGAAGAGAUACAGAGAAGAGAGGAAUUGAGAAGGCAAGAGGAAGAGAGAAGACAAUCACUUGUUUCCUCCCACCAAAUGCUCUACAAGUCCCAUCUCUUCUCCCCAACCUCUUAUGAGUACUUAGUCAGCCCAAGCAGCCAAGGUCAGGCUGCUCACCUCCCAUCACCCUCCCCUAGAGAAGCCCCCCCAACCCUGAUUGAGACGCAGGCCCCAUAUGAGAUCCGCUAUGAAGCUCCAAGGUCUAUGGCGAUGGAGAAUGGUCACAGGUCUGGAAUCUCUGACAGCCUUCCAACGGCCUCCAUGAAAACCUUCCCAUUGUUUUCAUCUACCUCGCCUUCCAAUCACUACCACUCGGUCGCAGACAGCCUCUCAGAUCCUGACCACAGCGCAGCCGAAGAAGAGGAACCUAAGCCAGAAGUGCCAAAGAAACGAGGUCCUGGAAGACCACGUAAGCCUGAAAAUGAAUUAAAGAAGAAGAAAAAGAAAACAGGUCGUCUGUGGGAAUUCAUUCGGAACCUCCUCCUUGAUCCCGAGACGUGCCCAUCUAUGGUCAAGUGGGAAAAUCCCGAGGAAGGGAUUUUCAGAUUUGUUCAAGCAGAAAAGGUCGCGCAGAAAUGGGGUGAGCGGAAACAGAAUAAGGAUAUGAACUAUGAGAAGCUGAGUCGGGCAAUGAGGUAUUACUACAAAGGUGGUGUAUUUGAAGCUGUACUUGGGAGAAGAUUAGUAUACAAAUUUGGAAAGAAUGCCAAGAACUGGAGGCCUUCCAAUCCUAACUUUGCCAACCCCCCAGCAAUGUAGGUUGCCCUCAACAGAGAUUAGAUGGUGUGCUUGCAAGUGAGUUAUGGCCACAUGGUAAAGUGCCGUGAUGACUACCAACUUGCGACGCCUCAAGGCACAGCUCAAGGGGCGAGUGGAGGGCUGAUCUCUGCUUCAGUAAUGGGAUGAAGAGGCCUGUCUUCCUUCUGAUAAAGCAGUGUUGCCACACACAGAAAAUUGUGUUGUUUUAAAAGGUAACUUGUGAACAGACCUCAAGCUCACAAUUUCCUAAUGCCAAAGACUUUUGAGUGUAAGUGCUGAUUUUACAUGUAUAGAUUGUCUUAAAGAGAGUUGAAAUAUUUCUUUCUUUUUUACUGUUGAUGUUGACAUGGCUGAUAAUUUAAAAACAAUCAAUCUAUUUUUACAUAAAUUGUCUUGACAAAAGGGAACAAGAAGCAUUUAUAUGUUAUCAUGUACAACUUGAUAGACUGAGAGCCAAUUUCAGUGAACUUGAUGCAUUUACCAGAUCAUUUUCUUUCCUUGUUUAAAUUCUACUCAAAGUAGAGUUGAGGAUCCCCAGUACUUUCAUUAUAGGAAGGGUGUUUAGUGUAGCUCAUCUUUUGUAUAUAUUUAUACAUAUAUGUAUUUAAAGAAAACUAGUCAUGAAGCUAGAUAUUAAGUAUAUUUUCAAAGAUGAUAACACAGCACAAGAAUCCAUGAGUACAGUAUGAGAACUUCAAUUACUGGUGUGAAGUGCCAAUUUGUAUAUAAUAUUUUGUAAGAGAAAGGAAAAUCAAAAUGCUUCUGCCAUCCCUCUUGUUGAAUAUUUUUCAUUUUCUAAAUCUCCUUGUUAAAUAUUCUUCUAAAUCUUUCAUUUCACAAAUGAAGUGCCAGAAAUCUUGCAAUCAGUGCCUUGUCUGUGCAAUACUUUAAUUAAUUAAUAUAAAGAACCUGUGUAUAUUAUGUAAAUAAAAUAGAAAGUUAUGCCUACAGAUUAUACAAUGUGGAGUGCAAGACCUGUGAAACAUAUUUGUACAAAGCUUUUUACUCAACAUGGUUGUAGGUUCACAACCAUUACUGGUGCUCAUGUAUUGUCAUAUACUCAAAAAAUGCUCAAUAUUUAA